UGUCGCGGGCGUGAGUUGAGUUUACAUUCUGGGCACGGAGUAAAAACACGCACUAAUACACACUCCAAACAGACAAACACACACGUUACAAAGGAACAGCACAAUGGCGUCUGUGAGUGUGGUGGGGCAGCACCCGGGUCCGCUGGGCGGCAGAAAGAAAAUCACCCUGCCGAGGAAAUCUUCCUGGGAGAAGAUGAUGUUCAGGAGGAGCUCGGGGAGCGGCAGGGAAUGCGGGUCGGUCACUAAUGAAGGACAAUCGGGAACUCAUCCCUUGUCUCCCAGACCGGCGGGAAAAACGGCGGUGAAAGGAGGAAUGAUGCCCGGUGCAGGAUGCGGAGCUCCUGCUGCGCCACGUAGCCCGGACCGGGACCGGGAGGGCAGCAUGGACUGUGAAGGGGGCACCGCAGCCGGGUCUCAAGGAAGUCAAACUGUGCACAUCAGCAGCGACUGCAACAGCUACAGCGACUGUGACUCAAACCGUAACACAGGUGGUCGGAGGGGGACUUCGCUCAAGAGGUCGGGCAACAAUGUCAUGCCAAGCGGAGCGGUCACGAACGGACACAAAGGCGCGCACCGGCACCGAGACGCGCCAGAAGGGAGACGGGACACCCGGAGCGGAGACAGCAGACAUCAGAGCAUCUCCUCUACCGUGACAGCGAAAGGACACAGCGGCAGUCUCUCGCUGGAGCGGUUUACACAGGGCAGGACUGGUGUCGUCAGGCUGGCCCGCACCGAGCCUCCCCGCAGGGAGGCCUGGUCCAUCUUUCCCCGGGGGGUGGACCCUCGGGUGAGGACCGAGAGCGGCGAAGGACACCGGUUCGAGUCCAAGCCCUGUACGCGGGACUGGUGUGACGCCUGUAGCCGUCAGAUCACUGCACAAUCACUCAAGUGUGAAAACUGUAGAUACACCUGUCACCUGGAGUGUGAGAGCCGGGUCCAGCUGGACUGCAACCGGAAGGACAGAGAGCCGGAAGAAACUCCAUCUCCCAGAAGACGCUGCUCCUCCGCAGCCCCUCAGUACAGGCAGAAGGAAUCAAAGGAGGAUGAGGAGAGAAGAACAAAGGACCUGUCAGACGAAGAGGUGUGGACAAGGAUAGAAGGGUAUAACGCUCAAGUCUCUGAAAAUGGCAUGAAACUGGCUUCAUACGGAUUGUACACAGGCUUCAUCAAGGUCCACCUGAGGCUCAGUCGACCAGUCACAGUCCCCGACGUGGUGGCCACGAACUUAGAGGGGGAUGCGUCCAGGCAGACGGGUGGCCGCUCUCAACCGUCAGAGUGCCAGGAAGGGACGGACUGUGGGCAGAGCGAAAAGAGAACAUCCUUCUACCUACCAAGCGACUGUGUGAAGCAGCUCCACAUCAGUUCUCUCACCACCACCAGAGAGGUCAUCCAGGGCUUGCUGAAGAAGUUCAUGGUGUUAGACAAUCCCCGCAAGUUUGCAUUGUACAGGCAGACGCACCGCGAUGGACAGGAUCUGUUCCAGAAGCUUCCUCUGAGCGAGCAUCCUCUUCUUCUGAGGUUAAUAGCAGGGCCUGACCCGGUGCAGCUCACCUUCGUCCUCAAGGAGAACGAGACUGGAGAGGUGGAGUGGCAUGCGUUCUCUGUCCCUGAGCUACAAAACUUCCUGGUGAUCCUGGGGAAAGAGGAGGCGGAGCGCGUACGGGCAGUGGAGCAAAAAUAUGCGGCGUACCGACAGAAACUACAAAAAGCCCUACAACAUCAUGACCCCUGACCCCUUCACCUGUUACCUUACAACCUCAACCCAGGGAGGGACUGACCCUUUGGACACUGACCCCCCCCCCCCCCUCCCCCCCUCAAGACCCGUGAUGUAUUCCGAGACUGGAGCCGGAACUGAACUCGUCUUCACCUUCCGACCCAUACACCCAAACAUAUAGUACAUCUACACACACGUGCAUACCCUUUCUCAGGACGCAUACAAGCCCCCCCCCCCCCACCAUCCACACAUCUACUCCCCGAGGAGAGAAUCAGGGGUUGAAAGCAACGUGAAAGGCUACAGGGUGUGUGGUCUGCUAGCUGAUUGGACAAGCAGUGUUGCCGAGGGCACACACACACACACACACACACACACACACACACACACACACACACACACACACACACACACACACAGAGAAAGAUCACAGCAACACAAGAUCUGAAACUCCGACUUGUGAUCUCAUUUGGGACUGAUAUGAAAAGUUGGUGUUUUUAAAGGUUCCCCGUUGUUCUGCUACUGCUGCUGCUGCUGCUGCUACUGCAAGUGUUACUUAUGCAUGAGUCUCUCUCAGCUCAUCCCCCUGCACAUAGGAGUCAAACAGAAGGCAUGAUUACCUUUUGAUGGAAGGACAAUCAUUCUGAGUGUUCUUGUUUAUUUCUAUUUUUAUUGGAAUUGAUGUAUAGGGUUAUCACUAGAUUAUUUUUUGUUGCUGGAGUAUAAGACGUGUGGAUUUGUUAGGGAGGUGUUUGGCGUCAGGGCUGGAGGCAGAAGGCUGCGUUUUGCUUUUGAUGCUGGAACAAGAAGGAAUGGAAAGAUGUAAGAAAACGAGAUCCAUUCUAUGAUUUUUCUCAGGGAGAAUGCGUUGAGCAAAGAGAAAGGAGGAAAGAAGCCGAAUUCCACCCUACAACACCCCAUUUUAACCCACUUUGUCCAAAAUCUCAGCUUUUUUAUUUCUUUUAUCGGUUUAUUUUCCUUCUUUAGCGCCAUAUGAAAAGACACUGUCAGGUGCUUCGCUGACAGAAAGGUCUUCAAUCCGACCCAUUUACCAAUCCCCUCCUCACGCACAAACCUAAACUCUUCUCAGAUGAUAACUGUGAUUUUAUUUUCCCUACCUAAAUCCUGAUCCAACCAAUCUUGCAUGAAGUGCUGAGCGAGGCAAUCCACAUACCUUUACAGAUUUUACACUUUAUUGUAAAAGUGAUUUGACACUGUUAUUAUAUGGGUUGCAUUUGAAUGUGAGAGGAUUUUUUUUUUACACCAAAGUUUUGGGGGAAUAGAUCUAUUGAGAGGAUGUUAAAGGGAUGAGAGACCUUUUGGAAGUUUAUCUAAUUAAAGGAAGUGUAUGUAAAAAAAAAAUAAGCCAGCUUCUGUUUUUGCACAUUUAGAUGCAGGUCACUGAAUAACCCACAAUUCUGGGGCUGGGCAUGCAUUUCUGCUUCUCUUUUUCUUUUUAUCUCCUCACCUUCCACCCAAAAAAAGAAACAAAAAAUAUAUAAAGUUCAUGAUAAUGGCUAUGAUGUACCAAUGACGUGUUUGCAAUGCAUAUGUAUAAUGUAGACACUGGAAAAAGAGUGACAAGGUUUAACUUUGUUGUGAUUACGAUGAAUAUUAAUAUUAUUUUGAUAUCAUUCCUACUGGUUAGUGUGUGCCUGUGCGUGCGUGUGUGUGUGUGUGUAUGCGCUCAUCUCGGGCAGGGACGAUAAUGUGAAUUGUGUUUUAUAAUGAGUGUCUGCGUGUCAUCAGCGCUCCCUCAUUGGGCCUCACUUAUCAAGUGCACAUGUAAUAUAACACAUAACAACUGCAAAUUGGGUUGUUUUGGAAAAGAUAUUUGGCGUGCAUGAAUGCACAAUUGCAUUAAACCAAAGCAUUUACUGUAAACAUUUCCCACACACCCUCAUUUUUCAUAUUUUAUCUUAUACAAUAGAAAUACUGAUAAAUGAGGUCCGUCGUCCAUUAGCACAUGCUUCUCAGUAAACUCUUCUUCUAACGCCACCACCCAAAGCCCAAGCUGUUCCUGCUGGCAGUGCCUUUUGUUUCAUGUGCCCCCUGUGGAUCUAUGUAAGGUGUGUUUCAGCACACAGGUGCCUGAGUGUAUGUGCGGGUGCUUUUGCAUGUGUGCAAAUCUGUGUUUCUUGGGUGGUGUUGUCAUCUUUCUUUCUUUCCUCCUCCUUUUAACACAUUUGUCUUUCCAACAAAAGCCCUCUGUGUGGUUGGGUGCGUGUUCAUGUGUGUUAUUUAUUUCAUGGUCCACCUCAUCCAUAUGAUAUUAGAUCAAGGAUGUUGAGACUUAAUGCUUUUUUUUUUGCAAUUUAUUUUGUUUUAUUUGAAGAAGUGUGUGUAUAAAUAUAGCAGUAGAACUGUACAGAAUAUCACAAUGAAAUAAAAAGGUCAUCCCUUUAUUGAAACGCUCUCAUAUCCUCAUGUCUCUGGCUUCGGCGUGGUUUUGCUGAAGGCCAUACAAAGUUUAAUACAAUACUCUUCUGCUUUUUAAGGUUGUCUGUACGUUCAGUAUGUCUCUACGUCAUGAGGUUCAAAAAGUGUCCCUGUGUAUAGGUUUUCAACCCUAACUCGAGCAGGAAAUCACAUCAAGUAGACCUUUAUCGGGCAUAUCCUAGAAUAAAUCCAAAAGAGAUGCCUCUCCAUUACUUUGACUGAGGGUUGAGUAACAAAAAAAAGACAGAGAACUUACACUAGUUUCACUUCUCCAUGUUGGACUGAACAGCAAAAGUUUCACUGACAUCCAGCCAACCAAUUGAGUGAGAUUUGCUGCACAAAUAUCAACAAUUUGCUGUUGUUACUGCUAUAAUGUGCACAUCAUCAUCUUAUUGUAGACUGCACAUUCAAGGUUUUAAUGUUUGCAGAUUAGAUGUAUUCAUUCAUAUCUCUUAAGAGAGACGCUAAAUGGUGGUUGAAUGAUUUGAGCAGAAUGUGUUGUCCAGACAAGCCCCAAGUAGAAAGUGCUGAGCUGUUCAUCUCGUGCUGUAUUGCUUUUGAAUCACCAGCAGGUGGCAGCAUCUCAUCUAAACUGCAGGUACUAUCUUAACAUGCAGAAUAUAAACUGUGUGCGUGUAUGAAA